UGUAAUCAGAACUUUUCUUCCUAUCAAAGCUGUAUUUUUCUGUUGGCAGGUUUUGUUUACAUAUUUUCCAGUAAACCUAAAACCUGAUGGCAUAGGAACGUGUGGAUUAGGACUUUCGUGAAGUCGUUCCAAAUAUACAUAUCGACCACGAACGAGACCCCACACUGACCACCUUGAGUAGGAAGUGAGUGGGAUUAAAACAUUCCUCGACUCGUCAGUGAUUGAGUACUGAAGCAGCCCAUUUUCACAAGAUGGAUGCAGUCGGAGUUCACCUGUUGGCUCUGUAUGUCUCAGCCCUGUCACUCACCUGUCUCUGCGUCCCCCCAGGGCCUUCCACGGACCUGCCACAGGAUGUCACUACCAUGGAGAUUAAAAUGAAGGAUGCUCUCCCCUCCAAGGAUGAUGAUUAUCUCUGUUCGUCAUACACUGCUCCAGCAGAAGAACACUACAUCGUUAAGUUUGAGGCAAUGGCGGACGUGAUGACAGCACAUCAUAUUUUAUUGUUUGGAUGUGAGGGAGCACCCUACAGUGAUAAGAAUGUUUGGAAUUGUCCUGGUAUUUGCGGUCCUGGACUGCAACAGAAAAUACUGUUUGCCUGGGCUAAAAAUGCACCACCUACAAAACUACCUAAAGAUGUUGGUUUUAGACUUGGAGGCUCUAAAGGAAUCCAAACAUUGGUGUUACAAGUUCAUUUUAAACAUAAGUUUGAAGAAAAUGCAGCAAAAGACAACUCAGGAUUAAAAUUAUACAUCACAAAACAGAAGCAAAAAUAUGUUGCUGGGAUUUACCUACUCGCAUCGUCCUCUCUUUACAUUCCUCCAGACACGCCCAUGACACAUGCUGAUCUGAGCUGUCCAUACACUCUUCAAACAAAGAUGUAUCCAUUUGCUUACCGAACUCACGCCCAUGGACUGGGCACCGUUAUAACUGGUUACCAAUACAAUGACACCUGGCAUGAGAUUGGAAAAGGAAACCCUCAAUGGCCACAGGCAUUUUAUCCCGUGAAAGAUAUCAUUGAAGUUCAGUUUAACGACAUUCUGGUUGCCAGAUGUUCAUAUAAUUCCACAGGAAAAUUAACUGCAACACGUGCAGGAAUGACGGGUGGGGACGAGAUGUGUAACUUCUACAUCAUGUUCUACACGGACUCAAGUGAGAGCAACCCGUAUGGGACAUGCGUCUUUAACUCCAGUCCACAGCUCGUGGCACAGAUCCCUGCCGAUUCCGACGUUCCGCUGCCACCAAACCCACUGCUGGACGAGGAAGCCAAGGGACAUCACAAUCAUGGCAUGCCUCAAAACAACGAUCAUGCUGAUGAGUUGCAGACGAUUGAUUUGAAGAUGAAAGGUGCCAAACCUUCAGAGCCUGAUGCCUACCUGUGUGCUGCAUACAAGAUGCCUGCCGAUGAACAUUACAUUGUUAAGUUUGAGGCGAUGGCUGAAGCGCAGAUAGCUCACCACAUCUUGGUGUUUGGCUGUGAGGGAGAGGAAUACAGCACUUCUCCUAUCUGGGAUUGUCCUCCUGUGUGUAAGGACGGUCAAGAAAAGAUUCUCUUUGCUUGGGCCAAAAAUGCACCUCCAACAACACUGCCCAAAGAUGUCGGAUUCCGAGUGGGCGGUCGCUCUGGAGUCAAGACUAUAGUUCUACAGGUUCAUUAUGCUCAUGCGUUUGAAGAAAGUGAAGAAAAUGAUUUUUCUGGAAUAAAAAUAUACUUGACAAAGCAAAAACAAACAUUUGUUGCUGGAAUCUUUUUACUGAUGUCCUAUAGAAUAACAAUACCUCCAAACACUGCAAAGGUCCAUUCCGAUAUCAGUUGUGAGUACGACCUUGAGAAGACGAUGCAUCCAUUCGCUUACAGAACUCACGCACAUGGGCUUGGGAGAGUGAUCACGGGCUACCAGUAUAACAACAGCUGGCAUGAGAUCGGCAAGGGCAACCCACAGUGGCCCCAGGCAUUUUACCCAGUUCAUGAUAUGAUCAGUGUACAGCCAGGUGACAAACUGGUGGCGAGAUGUACUUUCAAUUCAACUGGGAGGAAUAGAUUUACAUAUUCAGGCGCCACCGGCAAUGACGAGAUGUGUAAUUUCUACAUCAUGUUCUACACGGACUCUGAUGUGAAAGAUCCGUACAGCCAAUGUGGCGGAAACAAUUACAAGAACGUGGUUGGCAUUAUGCCAGCCGACUCGGACGUACCACUUCCGCCAAAUCCCUUGCUGGACGAGGUCGCCAAAGGUCAUCAUCAUCAUCACCCACACCAUCAUCCCCAGGUGCCUCCUACCCCAGUGGUAAUACCUGCACAAAAUACCAUGGAGUUAAAAAUGAAAGGAGCCAAACCACCAACGCCUGAUGCUUACUUGUGUUCAUCAUACCCAGUGUCGGAUAAAGAAUUUUAUAUAGUGAAGUUUGAGGCCAUGGCUGACGCGAUGAUCGCCCACCACAUCCUGGUGUAUGGAUGUUCCGGACAGCCUGCCAGCUCUAAUUCAAUCUGGAAGUGCCCAGCAAUCUGUGCUAACAACGAACAACAGAAAAUCUUAUUUGCUUGGGCUAAAAACGCCCCACCAACUGUAUUACCUCACAAUGUUGGUUUCCGUGUUGGUGGUAAUUCAGGUAUCCGCACCCUCAUUAUUCAGGUUCACUACGCUCAUGCUUUUGAUGCAUCAGAGGAGAAAGAUUAUUCCGGUAUUAGAAUCUAUCUUACAGAAGAAAAACAAAAAUUUGUAGCUGGAAUAUUCCUGAUGUAUACAUAUCUGCUAUCAAUUCCGCCUAAUACUCCAAUGGUCCACUCCGACAUCAGCUGUAUGUAUCAGGGAGAAAACCCCAUGUAUCCGUUCGCCUACAGGACUCACGCUCAUGGCUUGGGCCGAGUGAUCACGGGUUAUCAGUAUAACAAUACCUGGCAUGAGAUUGGAAAAGGAAACCCACAGUGGCCACAGGCUUUCUACCCAGUUCAUGACAAGAUUUCUGUGAAUCGAGGUGAUAAAUUGGUUGCUCGGUGCUCUUUCAACUCAACUGGAAGGAAUCGAUAUACACAUAUUGGGCAGACGGGUGCAGACGAGAUGUGUAACUUCUACAUCAUGGCGUACAUGGACUCAAGCACCAGGAACCCGUACGGGUCUUGCGGCGGAAACAAGCUCCCACUACUCGUUGAAAACAUCCCCGACGACUCGGAUGUCCCACUCCCUCCAAACCCACUCCUCGAUGACGCGGCCAGGGGACAUCACCACUUUCAGCAUGGCAGCGGCGGGGGGAUGACAUCAGACCUAACCAAUCUUCAUCUGACAUUUGACUCAUCAUGGCCGCAGCAGUCCGUCACCAUUGGUCAGGUGGGUGGUGUCGCCGUGGAUACGGAUGGAAAUGUCUACAUAUUUCAUCGGGGUACCAGAGUGUGGGAUGCAAACUCGUUUGACGUUUACAAUCACUUUCAACUUCCAAAUGCCAUACCGCAGGACACGAUCGUGAUUUAUCACAAAAACGGGAAGCUCAUAAGGAAAUUUGGAAGUAACAGUUAUUUUAUGCCACAUGGUAUGGAGGUUGACAGUCAUGGCAAUAUGUGGAUUACCGACGUAGCCCUACAUCAGGUAAUGAGAAUCCCCGCCGGAGCGAAGGAACCCGAUUUAGUGCUCGGUGAACGCUUCACUCCAGGAAAUGAUGACUCGCAUUUCUGUAAACCAACAGACGUCGCUGUUCUUUCCACGGGCGAAUUUUACGUAGCAGAUGGAUAUUGUAACAGCAGAAUAAUGAAGUUUUCAAAGGAUGGCAAGUUGAUUAAGCAAUGGGGACACAGCAGUUUUGAAGUUCCGCCUCCAUCCGGCUCGUUCACCAUUCCUCACAGUAUCACGGCGGCGGAGGACCGCAGUCUCGUGUGUGUCGCCGACAGGGAGAAUGGGCGCGUUCAGUGCUUCGACCUAGACGGCACCUUCCGAAACAUUAUCAAAGUCAAAGAGUUUGGAGAUCGACUGUUUGCUAUUGACUACUGCCCACUUCAUGGUGGUUUGCUGUUUGCCGUGAAUGGUCCAUCAAUUGAUGGUGAAUUUGUCAAAGUCAGUGGGUUUACGCUGAAUUUUACAAGUGGAAGCAUCAUUGAAGUAUGGACACCACCACAGGGCCUAGCGAACCCACACGACGUGUGUGUUGACUCUGUAAACCAUGCGGUGUAUGUGGGAGAACUCGACCCAUCCAAGGUGUGGAGGAUGCAGAUGGAAAGUGCUCAAAACAUUGUGAGUGAUGGGCCUUCUGGUAAUACGAAGACACUGACCGUAAACAAGCCAUCUAAGAAGUCGGAUUUCACACCCUCCGUGAUCAUCGGAGUCUUGCUAGUGGUGCCAGUCGUCAUUCUUCUCAUCGUCAUGGUUACCAUCAAGUUAUAUCAUUCAGGUAAGAUAAAAUGUUUUUCUCGUGGCAAAAACCCAAAGGUGUUCAGUCUUCAGAAUAUCUUGCCACACUCACACAAAGGUUUUGACCGUCUCAGUAUGGAGGAGAGUGACCACGAGGCUGACCCACUGGACGACUCGGACCAGGAAGAAUACACCGCACCGCGGAAACAAAAGGCAUAGCACUGAUGGCACUGCACAGGGCUCGAAAUGUUUCUUGUUACCAGUCCAUGACAGUCACUUUUGACAACUGACCAGUUGAAAAUAAUUUAUGUCACUCCAUUUUUAUUCCUCCAAUGCAAAGUGGUGUUUGGGGUAUAAAAAUGUAGUAUUUGACUUAUUUGCUCCAUUCAUAUAUUACCCUUAAAUACAUCAUAGAUUAUAUGAAAGUGAAGUUGUCAUCCUAGGGAUGUUUCAACAGGAAUCCAAAUCUGUUUUUAAUUUUAAAAACUGGAAGAAUUAUUGUUCCAGUCCUAAUUACUCUGAUCUGCUUGUAAUCUAUAAAUCUGGUGACAAUAUUUGAAAAACAUUUCGAUCCCUGUUAAAGGCAAAUGAUCUUACGUUAUAUAUAGAGCGUUACGGUUUGGUUGUAAAUUGUUAUAUUUUAACCCUUGUUUGUAGGAAAUAAUCUUACCUUUGUUGUUUAUACAUUUGUUUGUUAUUAUACAUUUAGCUUGUAAAUUUGUUAUAUUUUCUGGUGGAGGUGACAUAACUUGAAUGCAGUGAAACCCAUGAUAUGUUCCUCUCAUGACAGAAGCGAAAACUGUACCACUCUUUCCAGUUUGAUCGGACAGUUUAUUGAAAGCUAUUUGUACCAAUUGUGAUCUCUAGAACUGAGAAUAAGGAAAUACACACACAGUUUCAGUUAGAAUUGGUAUAAUUCUUUAUUCAUUAUCUGGUUUUGCUAGUUAAUGGAGUGUUGUGUUGCAUAUUGAAUGAGAUAUACCGAUGGAACGAAAUAAAGAUAACAUAUAUUUAAGUCAUUACUAGUAUAGAAGUAGUAAUGUCUGUAUACAGUACAGAGAUGUAAUGUGGGACUAACUAAUGUCAGUACUAUGGGACUGAAUACCAGUAACCAGUGUUUCUGUGGGAAACAAAUUUUUGGGUAUGGUACUGUGGAAUUGAAUGCAACCACAGUCAACAGGGGUUAUGGGUGACCUCCCCCAAAAGAAAAGGGGUUAGGUUUAGGUUUACGGUUAAGAAAAUCAUACAGUAAUGAUGAGAGUAAUUAAUUUUGUCAAGAGGUUAACUUUAAAAAAAAAUCUGAAACUCUACUGCAAACAAAUUUGGGUAUGGUGACAUACCUGUUUUACCCUUUGGCAGAAACCCUGGUAACGGUUAACUUCGUGAUACUGUGGAUGGGGUUUUGGUUGCAGUCAAAAUUUACUGUUAUUAUGUACACUAUGUACAUGUGGGGCGGGACGUAGCCCAGUGGUAAAGCAUUCACUUGAUGCAUGGUCGCUCUGGGA